GGGCGUGGCGGUUGUGUGCGUGUGGGAUGCGCGACCGGCGGCGGUGGCGGCGGGGCGGCCCGGCUGAUCCCCAGCGGAGCGGGGCGGGGGGGGCGCGGCCGCCGCCAUGCUGAGCCGCAGCUCGUUCACCAGCCUGGUGGUGGGGGUGUUCGCCGUGUACGUGGCGCACACGUGCUGGGUCAUGUACGGCAUCGUCUACACGCGGCCCUGCCCCGCGGCGGCGGCGGCGGUGGGGGGGGGCGGCGCGGCAGGCUGCGUGUGGCCCUACCUGGCGCGGAGGCCCAAGCUGCAGCUAAGCGUGUACACUACCACACGAUCAAACAUUGGUGCUGAGAGUGAUAUAGAUCUGGUUUUGAACGUGGAGGAUUUUGAUAUUGAGUCCAAAUUCGAAAGGACAGUGAAUGUCUCUGUACCAAAGAAAACCCGAAAUAAUGGUACAUUAUAUGCAUAUAUAUUUCUUCAUCAUUCUGGCGUUUUGCCUUGGCAUGAUGGUAAGCAGGUGCAUAUAGUAAGCCCUCUGACCACAUACAUGGUCCCUAAACCAGAAGAGAUUAAUUUGCUCACUGGAGAAUCAGCCACACAGCAAAUUGAAGCAGAAAAACAGACCAACGCUCUAGAUGAACCUGUCUCUCACUGGAGGUCAAGAUUAACCUUAAACAUCAUGGCAGAAGAUUUUGUGUUUGAUGGAUCAUCCCUCCCUGCUGAUGUUCACCGUUACAUGAAGAUGGUUCAGUUGGGGAAGACAGUGCAUUACCUUCCAAUAUUAUUUAUUGAUCAGCUAAGCAACAGAGUGAAAGAUUUGAUGGUUAUAAAUCGUUCAACAACAGAGCUACCUCUUACAGUGUCAUAUGAUAAAAUAUCUCUUGGAAAACUCCGAUUUUGGAUCCACAUGCAGGAUGCUGUGUACUCUCUCCAACAAUUUGGGUUUUCAGAAAAGGAUGCAGAUGAAGUAAAAGGAAUUUUUGUUGAUACUAACCUGUACUUUCUGGCUUUGACAUUCUUCGUAGCAGCAUUCCAUCUUCUCUUUGAUUUCCUUGCAUUCAAAAAUGAUAUCAGUUUUUGGAAGAAAAAGAGGAGCAUGAUUGGGAUGUCUACAAAAGCAGUGCUUUGGCGGUGCUUUAGUACUGUGGUAAUAUUUCUCUUCCUUUUGGAUGAACAAACAAGUUUAUUGGUACUGAUCCCAGCAGGCAUUGGUGCAGUGAUUGAGCUCUGGAAAGUGAAGAAGGCUUUGAAAAUGACAAUCAAGUGGCAAGGCUUGAGGCCCAGAAUUCAGUUUGGAACAUACAAUGACUCCGAAAAGAAAACUGAGGAGUAUGAUACCCAGGCUAUGAAAUACUUGUCAUAUUUGCUCUAUCCACUGUGUAUCGGAGGUGCAGGUUACUCCUUGCUGAAUGUCAAAUACAAAAGCUGGUACUCCUGGUUGAUUAACAGUUUUGUCAAUGGAGUGUAUGCUUUUGGAUUCCUGUUUAUGCUGCCCCAGCUGUUUGUAAACUACAAGAUGAAAUCUGUUGCACACUUGCCAUGGAAGGCUUUCACAUACAAAGCAUUCAACACCUUUAUUGAUGAUAUAUUUGCUUUUAUCAUCACUAUGCCAACAUCUCACAGGCUGGCGUGCUUUAGAGAUGAUGUGGUGUUCCUGGUCUAUCUUUACCAAAGAUGGCUUUAUCCUGUGGAUAAGAGCAGAGUGAAUGAGUAUGGAGAAUCUUAUGAAGAAAAGCCAAAAAAAAAAGCUCAUAGAGAAUAACUAAGAAUUGAAGAAGAUUCUGACCCCUGGACUCUUACUGGCUUCAUGUAUUAUCUGGUCUUAAGGAAGGAAAAACUUAUUUAAUAAGAGUAUUUUUAAAGCUUACGACAGAACUACAUGGACAAUACAUCUUCUAUAUUGCCAAAAUCUAGUUUUGAUAUCCUCCUAUUUCAAGAUCCUCUUUUGUCCUCACAAGGUCCACAGUCUGCCAGAUGUUAUUAAAUAAACUCCCUGCAUUUAAACUUCUCUUCGGUGAAAGCCUGAGUGUCCUGACCAUUGUAAUUAGUACUCAAAUCUAUGUUUUUGAGACAACUCACUCAAAAGCAAAAGUGCGGUGCUCAUGCCACUAGGCUAUGAAAGAGAAAAAAGCCAGUGUGUUGCAGCAGAAUCGAGCAUUGUUGCCAGACUGGAGGCUGUCAAACAUAAAAUGUAUAAUAUUGGACUACAUGAUAAUUACAAAUCAUUCUCAUUUUGAUAAUGGAGACAAUUGGAAUUCUAGAAAUCAUGAUUAAAGUUGUUUGUGGGCAUUUACCCUCAUAGCUUAAAAAACGUUGGAAAUAUAGGAUGAGACAGACAGGGUUGUUGAAAUUCAAAUUUCGCCACGUUCUUAGCCCACAAUAUGGCAGAAGGUUUCAGUUGUCUUAAAUUGAAUGAAAAUGUGGGGGAAAAAAAAAAAAAACCUAAAAAAACCCCCAACCUGUAACAUGAUUUCUUUCAAUAUGUAUUCAAGUUUAUGAGGUUGACAGACCACCUGAUUUCUUGGCAUAGCAGGUAUUCAUAUAAUGCAAAUCAUUGUUAUGUGCUAGGAAAGUCUCUUAAUGCAUCUCAAAUUCUUCAUCAUGUGGUGAGCCAGUGAUCUCUGUCAUGUUUCAAAGGGUCUUUCCCUGCCCCAUUCUACUUAUAAGAUGAAACACACAUCAUUCAAGUGGAAUAAUCGUUAAAUACAACACAGGUUCAACAACCUACCUGGACACAGAAGAAAAAAACAGCCUGGUGAAGAAUAAGUAUCUUCCUUUCACACAAUUUAAAGUCCAUAUUCCAUGGCACAGUUCAUUAAGGCAGGUAUUUUGAUUUGUUUCUUUCCAAUUAGUAGAAAUAAUCAGGUUGAAUUAUUACAGCAAAAUUCAAACUACACAGCUGUAUCUAGAAACCAUGGUUCUAGAUUGUUAAAGGCCAGUUUCUUAGUGAAACAGAAUGCAUUCCUUUCAGUAGCAAAUAAAAUGCAAUUAAAAAAAUUCUGAAAGGCAGAAUUCUAGUUUCCAGUUCCAGUUUUGCUUUGGUCUGUAAGUUUAUAAAUUAACCCAAAUGAUUCUGAAGUUUCUGUAUUGAAUUGCAUGCUGUUUGUGCACGGCUGUGUAACUCCAAUUUGUCAUUGAUUGAAAAUAUUAAUUGAAUAACCUUGCAGAGCAUAGAUCUCCUCCUAUAGUCUGCAACUACUUUAUGAAGUCUAUUGUAUUCGGUUCUGAUACUGAAGAAGUCUGAACGUAUAAAUACUUGGGUCCCCAAAAGAUACAGACAUGUGCCUAACUUCUUUUCUCACAGACUGCAGUCUUUCUUAUACUGCUUACAUGCUACUGGCAAUGGAAAGGAGUCUUGAAGUGAAUGUUUAACUCAUGUUUCUGUUAAGGUCUCUUUACACUGUCGAUUGUAACUAAGGAGGACUGUUGAUUUUAGCAUUAAACGUAAAUAAGUCUAUGCAAAACUGGAGUUGCAUUUGCUGUAUCUUGUACCUGGUUUGGUUGGAAGGAGCUCGCUCUUGGCUGUUAUGCAAACUAAUUUGGGACUCCCAUUUCAUCAUAAGAGUUAACUGUGUGUGAAAAUUUUUCCUGAUAAAAAUAAUGCACAUAUCACAUCCCCUUUUUCAUUUCAAAACAACCAAGUCACUGGUUCUUCUAGAGCAGCUUCUGAAAGUGCAGAAUACCAUAUUCAGGCUUUUUUGAUGCUUCUCAUUUCUGUAUGUAGCUGUUGAAAAAAUCAUUCUUGCACCUUUAUAUACUGUGAGUUUAUUGCUCUUCUGUUUUGUAUUUCUGAUGACAAUGACCU